AAAUAAUUGAAUUAGUAAACGCACAAAUUGGUAAUAUGGCAGCGACAGUCAUCGCAGCUGUUUAUGACAUUCCUCCGUGCGUGCGUUCGUUGAAGUUUUGGUUUAUUAUUUGUGGUGCGAUUUCUGGAACUAACCGCUAGUGACAUUGAUAAGAAUAUUUAGCAAUGGGAGCGGCACAUUCAACUGAACCACGCUCGGUGUCGAUGGAUAACCCAAACCCUGGAGUUAUCGACAUAUCCGACGAGGUUGUGCAACGUUUGAAGAAAGGCAUAAAUAAACAAGCAAAAGAAAGUGCCGCGGCAUCAGAAUCGGCACCACCACCACCACAGCCUCCGGUAAAAGAUGUUCGUCCCAUCCCCGUUAAGCCGGUAACGCCAGCAGCUGUAGUGCCACCAACAGUUGUAUACCAAGCACCACCACCUCAAACAGUCUAUGUUCCAAGUGGCACAACAAUCACAGCUGCUGACAUGGUGCGUCAAAAAGAGGCCGAACUGAAACAAAAUGAUGCUAUGUGGCGUCAGCGUUUGGUCGAGCUUGAACAGACGCUGAAGAAAACGAAUACAAUCAUGGAAAAAGAAUACUCCUCAGCAGUUGAGGAUGUGCGUCAGCGUUUUGCUACAGCUUCUCCUGUACACCAAUUGCCCCCCUGUCAGGACCUUAAGGCACAAGUCAUCGCUUGUUAUCGCGCAAAUCCUGGUCAAACCUUGAAGUGUUCCGAUGAAGUUGCCGCUUUCAGAGAAUGCAUUAACUUAAACCGUAUCAAGAAACUUGAUGCUGAGGAUGUGAAACCGGUUGCAAAAGCAGCCUAAAUGUGAUCCGCCUUAUACUUGAGUUAGUGUUUAAUCGAAAAAUGUGCUGUAACGAAAUCACUGUGCUAGCCAGUCGCUUUUGAAAUUUCAUUUUCAGUAAAAUAAGUUUAAUGGUAUAAAGUAUAUGAAUGUUUAACUUGAGGUGAACAUAAUGUAACGCUUAUGAAGUCCGAAAGUAAAAUAUAAUUUGAAGACAUAAAUCAAUA